GUGUGCUCUCCGGCGAGCGCGGGCGGGCGGGCGAGGAUGGGCACGGGAUAGAGGCGGCCCACCCACACCGCGCAGCCUGAGCAGGGCCACCGAGCCUCUGGCCACCCUCCCAUGGUCGCGCGUCACCAGACCUCUGUUUGCAGGGAACCUUCACCUCCGCAGCUGCUGUCCUGCGACCCCGGGCAGGGAUAGACACGUGUGGCUGUCUGCACCGCGGGAGCCCGGGGCACCAGCGUGGGACGCGGCUUCACCAUGCCUCCCCCUGCGGACAUCGUCAAGGUGGCCAUCGAGUGGCCGGGCGCCUACCCCAAGCUCAUGGAAAUCGACCAGAAAAAACCGCUGUCUGCGAUAAUAAAGGAAGUCUGUGACGGGUGGUCCGUGCCCAACCAUGAACUCUUCGCUCUGCAGCAUGCCGACAGCUCAAACUUCUACAUCACGGAAAAGAAUCGCAAUGAAAUAAAAAAUGGCACCAUCCUUCGAUUAACCACGUCUCCGGCCCAGAAUGCCCAGCAGCUGCACCAACACAUCCAGUCGUCCAGCAUGGACUCCAAGCUGGAGGCGCUGAAGAACUUGGCCAGCCUCUCCCGGGACGUCACCUUCGCCCAGGAGUUCAUCAACCUGGACGGCAUCUUCCUGCUCACGCAGAUGGUGGAGAGCGGCACCGAGCGAUACCAGAAGUUGCAGAAGAUCAUGAAGCCUUGCUUUGGAGACAUGCUGUCCUUCACGCUGACGGCCUUCGUGGAGCUGAUGGACCAUGGGAUCGUGUCCUGGGAUACGUUCUCAGUGGCGUUCAUUAAGAAGAUUGCGAGUUUCGUCAACAAGUCGGGCAUGGACACCUCCAUUCUGCAGCGGUCCUUGGCCAUCUUGGAGUCCAUGGUGCUCAACAGCCACGACCUCUACCAAAAGGUGGCGCAGGAGAUCACCAUUGGCCAGCUCAUCCCCCAUCUGCAAGGGACAGACCAGGAGAUCCAGACCUACACCAUCGCCGUGAUCAAUGCCCUUUUCCUGAAGGCGCCCGACGAGAGGAGGCAGGAGAUGGCCAACAUUCUAGCCCAGAAGCAGCUGCGCUCCAUCAUCCUGACGCACGUCAUCCGAGCGCAGCGGGCCAUCAACAACGAAAUGGCGCAUCAGCUGUACGUGCUGCAGGUGCUCACCUUUAACCUCCUGGAGGACAGGAUGAUGACCAAGAUGGACCCCCAGGACCAGGCUCAGAGGGACAUCAUAUUUGAGCUUCGAAGAAUCGCUUUUGACGCGGAGCCUGAGCCCAACGCGGGCAGCGGCAGCAUGGAGAAGCGCAAGUCCAUGUACACGCGGGACUACAAGAAACUCGGCUUCAUCAAUCACGUCAACCCCGCCAUGGACUUUACCCAGACACCCCCGGGGAUGUUAGCCCUGGACAACAUGCUCUACUUCGCCAAGCAGCACCAGGACGCCUACAUCCGGAUUGUGCUUGAGAACAGCAGCCGAGAAGACAAGCAUGAGUGUCCCUUCGGCCGCAGUAGCAUCGAGCUGACCAAGAUGCUGUGUGAGAUCCUGAAAGUGGGCGAGCUGCCCAGUGAGACCUGCAACGACUUCCACCCGAUGUUCUUCACCCACGACAGAUCCUUCGAGGAGUUCUUCUGCAUCUGCAUCCAGCUCCUGAACAAGACCUGGAAGGAGAUGAGGGCGACCUCCGAAGACUUCAACAAGGUAAUGCAGGUGGUGAAGGAGCAGGUAAUGAGAGCUCUUACUACCAAGCCUAGCUCCCUGGACCAGUUCAAGAGCAAACUGCAGAACCUGAGCUACACCGAGAUCCUGAAAAUCCGCCAGUCUGAGAGGAUGAACCAGGAGGACUUCCAGUCUCGCCCGAUCUUACAGAGAAAGAGGAGCUUCCGUGGGACAGGAGAAGCGCUGGGCAGCGAGGUCGGGUCAAGAGAUUACGUUGUCCCGGGGACCUGCUCUGUUCCUGCUUUUCCCUGCAGUGCUGGCGGCGUUGCUGAGGCCUGUCCCAGCUUCUCAGCGGGGGAACAGAUAUCCCCGCCGCCCCUCCAUCAAGAACUUAGAACCCAUUCCUUCCCGAAGGCAUGGGAUGCAUGGCCUGUUCUCCAGGCGGUGCUGUCAGGACAUGAGUGUUUUGGCAGGGCCGUGGGAAACCCGACCCCUCACCUGUGCCUCUCUGUGUUCUCCUCCUCAGACAAGUUCUGGUAUUGCCGGCUCUCCCCCAACCACAAGGUCCUGCACUACGGAGACCUGGAGGAGAGUCCUCAGGGAGAGGUGCCCCACGACUCCUUGCAGGACAAGCUGCCGGUGGCAGACAUCAAAGCGGUGGUGACAGGGAAGGACUGCCCUCAUAUGAAGGAGAAAGGUGCCCUUAAACAAAACAAGGAGGUGCUUGAACUCGCUUUCUCCAUCUUGUACGACUCGAACUGCCAACUGAACUUCAUCGCUCCUGACAAGCAUGAGUACUGCAUCUGGACGGACGGGCUGAACGCGCUGCUGGGGAAGGACAUGCUGAGCGACCUGACGCGCAACGACCUGGACACGCUGCUCAGCAUGGAGAUCAAGCUCCGCCUGCUGGACCUGGAGAACGUCCAGAUCCCCGACGCGCCCCCGCCCAUCCCCAAGGAGCCCAGCAACUACGACUUCGUCUAUGACUGCAACUGAGGCGGCCCAAACCCCCCACAACUGGAAACCCGGCCAGCGGGGGACAAAAGGGGGCACAGGCCAUGCCUUGGGAUCCGGUGCAAAGGGAAGCGCGGCCCACACCUCCUCCGGCCUCACCUGCCGUCUUUCUGCCCCCGCCUGGCAUCUAGCUCACUGCCCUGAUCGUGUUUCUAGACGCCAUUGCUUUAGGUCACCUCCCGUUGCUGCAGCCUCUGGUGGGACAGGAGCAGUCCCGCCACCAGUCAGAGAGCCAAAGGGCCCCUCCGUCCGCACCCCAGCAAGCAGGGCCUCCCCUCCUGGCAUCUGAGAGCCAGCAGCUCCUGACUGCCCCCAGCCAGCCCGCCAGACCAAGGGAGGGCCCCCCGCAAGGCUUGUGUCUGGAAGAAACAGUCCAACUACUUGAGAAGACCCAACACCGCCUCCUCAUCUCCUUCUCCAGGUCAGCUCACACCGCCCGUUCUGUACGAAUUGAAAUCUGCUUUCGAAUCCGCUCCCUUCUCCAGCCCAGCCUUUGCCUUGCCCUCUUCCCCCUCUUCCUCUUUGGUCCCAAGAGCAGCAGCUGCCUCCUCAUCCUAGUUCCCAACGGCCUUGGGGCCCCAGACACAGUCCCCAGGUCCCAGGCCCACUCCAUGUCUGCACUGUGACCUUGACAGCCUCCUUUCCUCACCAGCUAGUCUUGGGUCUCCUGCCCCUGCCCCAGCCGCACCUGCCUUCUUUGUGUCCACACACCAUCCCGGCCCCUUAGCUGAAAGCACAAAAGGUGAAGUCAGUUGUCAUGCUCCAUCUCUAACAGCCACGACCCACAGGCCCCUGCGACCCCCAGGCCUCUGUGACAGACGGCUACUGCUUGCGUGUCUGGUGUCACCUUCUCCCGGGGGGGGCGGGCCCUGCUGCCACACAGGUUCCACAAGAUGGUCGAGGUGUCGGACAUCAAGUUUACGUCACUGUAGUUAUUACAGGUGUUGACAAUUUGCAAGGGUUUGGGUUGGCUGAUUGUUGUUUUUGUUUUGUUUUGCUUUGUUUUUGUACAAAAGAGUCUAACAUUUUUUUGCCAAACAGAUAUAUAUUUAAUGAAAAGAAGAGAUACAUAAAUGUGUGUACUUUCCAGUCUUUUUAAUUAUUUUCAUCCUGGACAUCUCCCUGAGAAUAACAUUCCCUCAAACAUGCUGUGGAAUAAAAGUGAUUGUGAUGAGUUGGGGA